AUGCCAGAAAAGGAACUCGAUUAUAUACGUUCUAGAGAAGCUGCCGAUGGCUCUUCAACUGAAAAGGAAGGUGUAACUUACAUUGAUGGCUUCGAUAAGGCCGAUAAUGCCCCACCAUUGACUGGAUGGGCUAAGUUCAAAGAUUCCUUCAAGAGAUACGAUGAAGUAGAACUUGGACUUGAUCCAAAUUUAUCUGACGUUGAAAAAGCUGCUAUUGUCACUGCAAACUCUCCAUUGUCUCGUUCAUUGAAGAACAGACAUCUUCAGAUGAUUGCCAUUGGUGGAUCCAUUGGUUCUGGUUUGUUCGUUGGUUCAGGUAGUACUUUAGCAAGUGGUGGACCAGCAGGUGUGAUUAUCGCUUAUUUCUUGAUUGGUACAAUGAUUUUCUGUACCGUUCAAUCUUUGGGAGAAUUGGCAAUUACUUUCCCAGUUGCCGGUGCAUUCGUUACUUAUAAUACUCGUUUCAUUGACCCAUCAUGGGGUUUUGCCAUGGCCUGGAAUUAUGCUAUGCAAUGGCUUGUCGUGUUACCCUUGGAAUUGGUUGCAGCUGCAUUGACUAUUGAAUUUUGGAACACAUCUAUUAACAGUGCUGCAUUCGUGGUAAUAUUCUAUGUCCUUAUCAUCGCAAUCAACUUCUUUGGUGUAAGAGGAUAUGGUGAAGCUGAGUUCGUUUUCUCCAUUAUCAAAGUUACAGCAGUUGUUGGUUUCAUUAUUUUGGGUAUUGUGUUGACUUGUGGUGGUGGUCCAAACCACGAAUACCUUGGUGGUAAGUAUUGGCACAACCCUGGUGCCUUUGCCAACGGGUUUAAGGGUGUCUGUUCCGUCUUCGUUACUGCUGCCUUCGCUUUCUCUGGAACUGAAUUAGUUGGUUUAGCUGCCGCUGAAGCCGCUAACCCAAGAAAGACUUUACCAAAGGCCAUCAAGCAAGUUUUCUGGAGAAUCACUUUGUUUUACUUAAUCUCCUUAGCUUUAGUUGGUUGUUUAGUUCCUUACAAUGAUCCUAAUUUGGACAAUGGUGAUGCAGGUGCUGCUGACUCACCUUUCGUCAUUGCAAUUAAAAAUGCAGGAAUCAGUGGUUUACCAUCCGUCAUGAAUGUUGUCGUUAUGAUUUCCGUUCUUUCUGUUGGUAAUUCGUCAGUAUUCGGUUCUUCCAGAACCUUGGCCGCUCUUGCAGCUGCUGGACAGGCUCCAAAGCUCUUGGGUUACAUUGAUAAGCAAGGUCGUCCAUUAGUUGGGAUUAUUAUUCAAAGUAUCUUUGGUCUUUUGUGUUUCGUUACUGCUUCUGGUAAAUCAACUGAAGUUUUCAACUGGUUGUACGCACUUUCUGGUUUAUCCUCACUUUUCACUUGGGGUUCAAUUAACUUUUGCUUACUUCGUUUCAGAGCUGCCUUGAAGGCUCAAGGUAGAACUACCGAUGAAUUAACUUUCACAUCUCAAGCUGGAAAAAUUGGUGCAUACUGGGGUAUUACUAUGAAUAUCUUGGUUCUUAUUGCCCAAUUCUGGGUUGCGUUAUGGCCAAUUGGAGGAAAACCAAACGCUUCUGAUUUCUUUCAAUCAUACUUGGGUUUCCCAAUUGUAUUCGCCUUUUAUUUCGCACAUAAGAUUUGGAAGAAGAAUUGGAGAUUGUUCAUUAGAGCAAAGGAUAUUGAUAUUGAUACCGGUAGAAGAGAAUUGGAUUUGGACUUAAUAAAGCAAGAAGUUGCAGAAGAAAAGGCAAGAAUUGCUACUUUACCAUUUUACUAUAGAAUCUACCACUUCUGGUGUUAG